AUGAUCGGUUCCUCUGAAAACAUGCCCUUUGUCAAUCAAUCCGCCUCAAUGAUCAUGCUCUCUGUGAAUCCAAACCAAAACAUGAUCAUUGAUUUGAAUACUACUCAUUACAAUGCCCUACUUCACCCUAUGAUCAAAUGUUUGAAGUUAUCCCCUCUCAUGAAAGCCUUAAUAAUGGUAGAUGAGCUUCCUUUGGUGUGUAUGUCAAGGGCAUACUCCUCAGCCAUCUACAACAUUCAAGAUGAGGUCAUUAACUUCGAGGUAGCCAACCACAAGACCUCGAUCAACAAGCCCAAUUUCUGCAAGCUAUUAGGGCUUGCAUGA